UCUCCUAGCUGCGAAAUCUGCACGUUAACCACGCAACCGCCGUGCCGUCCGGGGGAAGAAACUGAGUUAAUUUAAUCCCAUGUCUGAAGUCAUCCAUCUUCUGUGCCACUCGUCCUAACUAAGGUAUGCUGGAGCCUAUCCCAGCGGACCCAUACAGAUGUUGUAAUAAAGUUGAUAGUUUUUGUAGAGGUGUAAAGUUGGCAAACAUUUGACAUUAGUUGUAUUUUUAACCACUUUCUGUUUGCUGUGUGUAAUUGACUUUUUACAUUCUUAGCUGCCUUGGGACAUUGCCUUUAAAAGUCAUCCUCAGCUGUUGCGUGCAUUUAUUGUGGAAAGCACCAUUACACCGUUAUGACGUACAGUAUUUGUGGUCCAAAGUCCAUGGAGACAGGAGGUGAAAGAUCACAGGCAAUGAGGAAGUGGUGUGUGUGAAUAGCAGGUAGGUGUUUGAGAACCAGCAGCAGAACGUGUGUGGAUCCUGAGGUGAUCAUCAUGAAGUUGGUGGUGAGAGUUGAGCUGGUGAAAUUCAUCUUCCUGGUGGUGAACGUCUUCUUCCUGGCUCUGGGCGUGAGUGUGGCCGCUUGUGGUAUUUGGAUCCUGUUUGACACGACCAGCUUCAUUGGAGCCAUUUCUUCCGAGGAGCUGCAGAUGGUGGGGGUUGGGCUGCUGUUGAUUGGCAUCGUGGUGAUGGUGUCCGGCAUGUUGGCAUGUUUUGGAGCUUGCUGGGAAAAAAGACUUCUUCUACUGACUUAUGUGUGCUUCCUGCUGCUGCUGAUCCUGGGUCAGCUCCUGGUCCUGCUGCUGCUGCUUGUCAACAAACGCCAGAUUGAGGAGCACGCUGACGCAGCUGUGGGUCAGAUGAUAAUUCGAUAUGUUGGCACCGGUCGCCAGGAUCAACUCCUGGACAACCUGCAGCGCCACCAGGAGGCGUGUUGCGGCCUCACAGGCUCAUCUGAUUGGCUACAGAACUCUUUCAUCCAGACGCUCAACCUGAGCGCCAUGCACGUGUUUCCUUGUUCCUGUUUCAGCUGGCAUCAGCCCACCUUCAAGUCACCGUGGUGCUCACAAGUGAUCAACGCGUCACAUGUGCACGCCAUCAGACCUGGAAACCACACGCACGGGCAGGGCUGCAGAGAGAAGCUUCGUGAUUGGCUGCAGGCGAACAUUGUGACUAUGGUGGCCAUGGACGUUACCCUGUUGGUCCUACAGGUUGUGCAGUUGGCGUUGACGGCCGAGCUCUACCGUUCCAUUGGCCAGAAGAACACCAAUGAGAUAGAAGCUGUUGACCACGCCCCCCUCAGCAGCAAUGUGGAGAACUCUGAUAUGGACGACGCUGACUCCGCCCACCAGAACCUUGAAACAUCUUAAAGUGGACUUAUUAUGCUCAUUUUUGGCCCUUUCUAUUGAGCUGUGGACUCCUAUAGAGGAACUACACACAAUAACCUGUACAUCUUCCAGAAUCUGCACCUAUUCCAGCUGUAUUUCCUUGGAUUUCCACCCAAUGCUCGCCUCUGUGGACGCCCACUCCGCUGUGAUUGGUCCCACUCCCAAGCUCUGCCAAGGAUUUCCACACUACUGGUGAACCCCACUUUCUAAUUUUGUCUGUAUAGGAGUUAAUACAUUUUAGAGAGCUACUUAAAGUGGUUAUGAGCGACUGGUAGCUCAUGGGACCCCAAGAACUCAAAGGGUGGUAAUGUAGGUCGAGGACUACUCGUGUUUCAAAAAAACAGGGUCGAUCCACCGAUUAAGGUGGAAAAGUCUAUUAGUAACUCGAGACAGGCUUGUAAUUUCUGUGCAUGAAUUCGGAAGACAAGAUGGUCCCUGUAUGCACACUCCAUAAUGCUACACAGACAACAGCUUACACAGUUAGGACACUGAUUAAAUUGUUACAACUUGCGCUUCUGACUCUUCAACACUCUUCAACGUUGGAGAGGCAUCAGGCUUCAGUAACAGUUUGGCAGCUUUACCCAUGUUCACAAAACAGUCCUAUAUUUUGCUCUCGAUUGUCAGGAAUCUGCGACUCCAACCACUUCUGCCUGACGCUAACAGUAUAGUCCUUUAUUGUUAUUGUAGCUUGAAACCUACAGCUUGUCACUUCUCACAAGGCAAAUUGUGAGCUUCUUAACAGUGCUAUAUGUAUUUUGUACAUUUUACCUGUAUUAUCACAUAUUUUAUAAAUUAUUUUAUUAAUUUAAUUUAUUUUAGUAAUUAAGCUUACUCUCAUUGAACGCGGUUGGAUUGUUGAUCUACAUAAGCAAGGCAUCUCGCAACACGGCAUCGCUGCUGGGGUUGGAUGCAGAAAGACAGUUAUUUGAAACUUUUGAGUUUUAUGGAACAAAAAAGUCAUGGUCGUGGUAGACCCCAACUCUGUGAUAAUAUAAG